AUGUUUUUGCUUGAACACUUCACUAAACUGGAUGCAAAUAGUAGCAUUUUUUUCUUCUACAAUGAACUUUUUCAUUCUUGCUUUAUGGCGCACAGUUGCCAACGUUCGAUAUCACCUGGUAAGUUUUCUCUUAUUCAUUUUACUUUAUCAUCUCCUCUAAAUGUAAUUGAAAUUUUAGAAAGUAAAUGGAGGUCAACUCAAAAUGUAAUAAAUUUCGAAGUUAUCAUUAGUUUUUUGUAUAAAAACGUUGUAAUGGCAUUUUGUUUAUUUUCAGCUUACAUCAGAGUGGUUGCAGCACUGUUGAUUAUCGCAGCAGUUUUGACAGUUUUUGCAUUUGUGCUCAAUGUUAUCGGCUUACGACUGCAAGAUUUGCACUGCAAAUAUAUUUUCUAUAAAUUCGCCACUUAUCUUUCUCUACUGGGGGUGUUCCUAGAACUGGUCUCGUUAAUUGUUUUCCCUGUCUGCUUUUAUGUUGAAAUGAAGAAUUUCGGUUACCGAAAUUGGGAGUUUGACUGGUCAUAUGGUGUUGCUUGGGGUGCAACAUUGUUCACUUUUGGUGCAUCCUUAUUGCUGAUAUGUGAUAAGGAACAUGAAGAAGUGUACUUUAAAGAGAAAACAAUCUAUAAUCCUCCACCGGAAUUGAAGUAA